AUGGAUUUACCCAUUUGUGCUGUAUGCAAAUUCGCGGUCGUUGGUCCUUGUACACUUGGGAAUGAAUGCAUUAUGGCACCAUAUUUUCCAUCGACAGAGCCUGAUAAAUUUGAUCGUGUUAAUAAAGUUUUUGGAAUCUUAAAUGUCUACAAGAUUCUCCGCAAUCUUGAAGAACCUUGGCAACGUGAAUAUGCUGCGAACGCUCUCUGCUACGAGGCAGAGGCUCGCAUACAAGACCCCAUAUGUGGUUAUGUUGGUGUGCAAUUGGUUCUCGAAAAUAAGCUCAAUAAUUUAAAGAGGGAUAUAGACUCAGCAUUAAAUGAACUGAUGAUCACCAAGGAUAAGAAGAAUCAACGUACGCGACUCCCAGAUGUGGAUGCACAAAGGAACGUGGAUGAAAUCGUUGGGAUGAGAGAAAAUGAUCAGGGUGAUGUUCAUAGAGCUGAUGGCGCAUCAACAUCUUCCGGACCUCCACACCAAAACCAACCAUAG